AUGUCGUUACGAAUAGACGAUUCGUCGAUGUUCACGUCAGCAUUGCAGUUGAAUUGUGGGAAAGCCGAAGACGGCGUUACUGAAGGCAAUGGCAGUACUGAGCAGAAAGCCAACGACGGACCGACGGACGACGGCAUGAUGCCAACGAACAGCUGUCCACCUGUCCACCAAAUCAACAAUCCGACCACUAAUGGAGGUACCCCUUCACCUGAGACUCCGUCCAAUACGUUUGAUAUUGAGGCGCAACAGAAAGCAUUUCAACGGUUUACCUCAAGUCUGGGUCUUGGAGGGUUUCGUUCCGCCUUCAACAUGAACGUCUUGCCACCGUUCCUUGCAGCACUCCAACAAAAUCCAUUGGCUUUACAGCAGCAGUUACUUGGUUUGACCGGUGGCUUGAGCGGUGUGUCACCGGGACCUGAUGAAGAAGACGAAAUGGAGAACGGCGCAACCACCGAACCGGAAGAUUUGACGAUGAGUUUCCGCAAGGAUCCCAAGCUAGAGGAUCACCAUGGAGAAGGCGGCACGUCACUGGGUGGUUCGUCAUGGUCCUACGAAGAACAAUUCAAACAGUUGUAUGAGCUCUCUGAUGACACAAAGCGGAAGGAAUGGUUAGAUGACUGGUUGAGUUUCAUGCAUCGAAUCGGUGAGUAG